AUGUUCUCUGACAGUUUCAGACUUGCAUUCGGUGACUCCUACACCUAUGUCCAGGGAACUCAAGGACACCAGAACUUCAGUUUCAUCGGCGAUCAAUUCAACCUGGCCUUUACCCGCGAAACUCUGCUCGCCAACAAGAUAGUACAGAACCAGACCGCAACUGCAGAAGGCGGCCCAAACUGGGUCGAAUACCUCACAGGAUGCGGCAUCAAAGAGGGCCUGACCUCACCUCGAAGCUGUGGAAAGCAACUCUGGGAUUUCGCCUUUGCCGGAGCCGACAUUUCAACUGAAUUCACACCACUCCAUCACAAUUUCACGGUCUCCCUCGUCGACCAAAUCAACCAGUUCAAGCAACACGGCCAUCCGGCCUUGAAACACACGAUCAAAACUCGAGAGACGCUCGUGGCGAUCUGGAUUGGAAUCAAUGAUAUCAAUGACAGCGCUCAAUAUGCCGUCGACUUCCCAACAUUCUACAAGAACAUUACAGAUGCGCUCUUCGCUUCCGUCGAGGAUCUUUACGAUCUAGGCUACAAACAAUAUCUCUUCAUGAAUCUCCCUCCCUUGGAUCGCACACCAGGAAACCAAGCAAAGAUGUCGCCGAGUCCGAACGCCACGCAAGUCGGAUGGUAUAACAGGGCGUUGGCCGAGCAUGCAAGUGCAUUUGGCAAAGAGCGCAAGGAUGCCAAGGUGAUGGUUUUUGAUGCGCAUACCAGACUUGAGGCUAUGCUGGAUGAGCCUGGCAAGUAUGGCAUUGCGAAUACGACGAACUUCUGCGCCGGGUACGAUCAGCCUGAUAUUGCGGUGAACUAUGAGAACUAUGGGUGUCCUACGCCGCUGGAGGAAUACUUCUGGUUUAAUUCAGGACAUAUGACAAGCCAUGUGCACAAGAUUCUGGCGGGACAGGUGGAAGAAUGGCUGCAGGAAUAG